AAGGUGCAAUCAAUUUUUCCUUCUCAAAAAUCAAUAUCUUUUUUCAGGCACAACAUUUUCUCUCUUAUUGUCUCGCCCAUAGCUCAUCAUCUUCAAUUUCCACAGAAGGAAUUGUAGUUGAAGCUGAUGAGCUGAAAGUUACAAUGGAUAGUAACAAAGAUGAGGCUUUAAGAUGCAUUGAUAUUGCUAAGGAAGCAAUAGUGUCGGGCAAUAGGCACAAAGCGCUUAAAUUUAUUGGAAUUGCGCGUCGCCUUAAUAAAAGUCUAGCAGUGGAUGAUCUUUUGACUGCUUGUGAAAAUCUUGAUUCGUCGAAUCGUGGUAACUUCAGCGAGGUUAAAAAUGAUGUUGCUAGUGUGAAAAAUGAGACAGGUGAUGUGAAGAAUUACAGAGAGGAACAUGUUGAGUUGAUUAAAAGAAUUAAGAGUAAAAAAGACUAUUAUGAGAUUCUUGGUUUGGAGAAAAGUUGUCCAUUUGAUGAAAUUAGGAAAGCAUACAGGAAACUAUCGUUGAAAGUUCAUCCUGAUAAAAAUAAGGCUCCAAGUUCUGAAGACGCGUUUAAAAAAGUCGCGAAGGCGUUUAAGUGUUUGAGCGAUGAUGGUUUGAGGAGACGAUAUGAUGAGACGGGUUAUGCUGACGAAUUCAUGUAUAGUCGGCAUCAGCAUAAUGUUAGUGACAUGAGGAGAAGAACCGGGCACGACUAUAAUUUUGGUGAUGAUUUUGAUCCUGAUGAGCUUUUCAGGUCAUUUUUCCGUCAAGAUGAUGACGUGUUUAGGACAACUUAUGUUUACAGGACGAGAAGUACUGGUGCUGAGUUGAGAGUGGAAUUAAGUCCUGUUGUGCGUAAAUUAGUUCUUCUCUUUCAAUUAUUGUUGCUUUUGCUUAUUGUUCUACUUGUUUUUCAUCCUUACUUCAAUUAAGUUUGAGAUGAUCUUAGAUAAACGUAGAGAAGAAUUUUCUUAUCUAGCCUGAAUUUGAUCAGAAGAGUCGUCUUGAAAGCCCUGCCUCGAUAUAACGUCGAAGACCGUGUUAGUCGAUAUGCUUGGUCAGAGAUGGUACGACUUUCAUUGGAUACGGGAUUGAGACUAUGAGCGGAAUGGAAUUGCUUUGUCGAUAGAUCCAAAUUUACAUCCGCUCAUCUAAGAGAUUUUUUCGUGCUAGUAUUGUCCGCCUCAGCCUUCUUUCCACCCCUUUGUACAAAUGUUCAGAGGCAAAAGAGACCUUUUUUUGCUUGUGUCAAUAGGAUCAGCCAGUGUUCGUGUGUAAGGCCAUUUCCCGAAAGAUGUUGCAACAACGGAACAGGAACCGUCUAACU